AUGGGCCGAGCAGGCUACGACACAACCUACGUCUGCACGACGACCGACUCUGCCGCAACCACCGCAAUCGCAAUGGCAGAUGCCCAACGCACCAAAGACGCCAAAACCGCAGAGCAACAAGCAUCAGCAGCCAACGAAGCAAAGCUCAUCAAGAACAAGCAUUCGCGCGGGAUCGUGGCUGCGCGAUUGGCGAUGCAGGAAAAGACUACUUCUGCUGCGGCGAAGAAGCAGAGUGGGAGUGGGAAUUCUUGA